AUGGAAGUCAUGGGAAGAAUGACUUCUGGAAAUAGGUCUUUUGUGACUGAAUUCAUUCUCUUGGGAUUAACAGACCAACCAGAUCUCCAACUCCCCCUCUUCUUCCUGUUUCUAGUAAUGUAUGUGAUCACUGUGAUGGGCAAUUUGGGCUUGAUAAUCCUAAUUGUACUAAAUUCACACCUGCAUACCCCUAUGUACUUUUUCCUCCUCAACUUAUCCUUCAUAGAUCUCUGUUAUUCUUCUGUGUUUACACCCAAAAUGCUGAUUAACUUCAUAUCAAAGAAGAAUAUUAUUUCUUACAUUGGGUGCAUGACCCAACUUUACUUUUUCAGUUUUUUCAUUAUUUCUGAAUGCUACGUGCUGACAUCCAUGGCGUAUGAUCGCUAUGUGGCCAUCUGUAACCCCCUGUUGUAUAACAUUGCCAUGUCCCCUAAAGUGUGUUCCAGCCUUAUGCUUGCUUCCUACUUGAUGGCAUUUUCUGGUGCCACUGCUCACACUGGGUGCAUGCUGAGACUGACCUUCUGUGAUGCAGACACCAUCAACCAUUAUUUCUGUGACAUCCCUCCUCUGCUCCAGCUCUCCUGCACAAGUACCUACAUCAGUGAGCUGGAAGUUUUCAUUGUGGUGGGCAUCAACAUCAUUGUGCCCAGUCUCACCAUCUCUGUCUCUUAUGGUCUCAUCCUCUUCAACAUCCUUCACAUCAGCUCCAGGAGAGGCAGAUCAAAAGCUUUCAGUACCUGCAGUUCCCACAUAAUUGCUGUGUCUCUGUUUUUUGGAUCAGGUGCAUUUAUGUAUCUCAAGCCAUCUUCUGCUGGGUCUAUGGAUGAGGGAAAAAUCUCUUCUGUCUUUUACACUAAUAUAGUUCCCUUGCUCAACCCCUUAAUUUAUAGCUUGAGGAACAAAGAUGUUAAACUUGCUAUAAGAAAAAUCCUGAGUGGGAGACAGAUUUGA